AUGAACGACGCCCGCGUGCUGUGUCGGCAGCUGGGCUGUGGACGAGCCCUCGCUGCCCCCGUCGAGGCCCGAUUUGGGGAAGGCGGUGGGGAGUUUCUGCUGGAUGACGUGGAAUGUAUUGGAGGAGAGAGCUUCCUGGGACAGUGUCCCCACGCUGACUGGCGCCUGCACAACUGUGGCCCUGGAGAAGACGCCAGUGUCAUCUGCGCAGUGCUACCUGUGGCUGACUCAGCCCCUGCCAGCCCUGGAGCCGACGUGUCAGGGCCUGGCCUACCAGAGGCCUGGCCGGCGCUGAGGCUGGUGAACGGCUCGGGAAGAUGCUCCGGCCGAGUGGAGGUUUGCUACCAGGGCACCUGGGGGUCGGUGUGCGACGACGGCUGGGGGCUGAGCGAGGCCCAGGUCGUGUGCAGGCAGCUUGGGUGCGGCCCAGCCCUGUCUGCCCCGCUCGGUGCCCACUUCGGCCCGGGCUUCGGAAGGAUUCUCCUGGACAGCGUGCGUUGCACUGGCGAGGAAAGCCGCCUGGCCCUCUGUGCCCAUGACAGCUGGUUCACGCACGACUGUGGGCACGGAGAGGAUGCUGGAGCCGUCUGUGCUGUUGUCACUGCCACCAUCGUCAUCACUGCCAUCAUUGCCAUCAUCACUGCCACCAUCAUCAUCAUCAUUGCCAUCAUCACCAGCCUCACUGCCACAGUCACCACUGCCACCAUCAUUACUAUCCUCCUCCUCAUCGUCUUCACUCCAUCACUGCUACCAUCAUCAUCUUCACUGUCACCAGCAUCACUGCCACAGUCAUCACUGCCACCAUCAUUACCAUCCUCCUCCUCACCAUCAUCUUCAUUGUCACCAUCAUCGCUGCCACCAUCAUCAUUGUCACUGCCACCAUCGUCAUCACUGCCAUCAUUGCCAUCAUCACUGCCACCAUCAUCAUCAUCAUUGCCAUCAUCACCAGCCUCACUGCCACAGUCACCACUGCCACCAUCAUUACUAUCCUCCUCCUCAUCGUCUUCACUGUCACCAUCAUCAUCAUCUUCACCAUCAUUACUGCCACAGCUACCACCACUACCACCACCACCAUCUUCACCAUCACCAUCAUCAAAAACAUCACCAUCACUGCCAUCACCAUCCUCGCUGUCACCAUCAUCACUGCCACCAUCAUCAUCUUCACUGUCACCAGCAUCACUGCCACCAUCAUCAUCAUCUUCUUCACCAUCAUCACCGCCACAGUCAUCACUGCCACCACCACUACCACCAUCACCACCAUCACCAUCAUCAUCAUCAUCACUGCCAUCAUUAUCAUCUUCACUGUCACCAUCAUCAUCAUCACCAUCAUUACUACCACAGCCAUCACAGCCACCACCACCACUACCACCACCACCAUCAUCUUCACCAUCACCAUCAUCAAAACCAUCACCACUGCCAUCAUCAUCAUCUUCAUCAUCACCAUCAUCACUGCCACCACCACCAUCAUCACCAGCAUCAUCAUCACUGCCACCACCAUCAUCACUACCACCACCAUCAUCAUCACCAUCACCAUCAUCACUCCCAUCACCACCAUCACCACCACCACCAUCAUCACUGCCAUCACCAUCAUCAUCAUCAUUGUCAUCAUCACCAUCAUCACUGCCACAGUCACUACCACCACCACCAUCAUCACCACCACCAUCAUCACCACCACCAUCAUCACCAUCACCAUCACCAUCAUCACUGCCAUCACCAUCAUCACUGCCACAGUCACCACCACCAUCAUCACCAUCACCAUCAUCAUCACUGCCAUCACUGUUAGCAUCCUCAAUACCAGCACUACCACUAUCACCAUUGUCAUCAAAACCUGUUCUGUCUGCUGAUGCCGUCUCCUACGUGUGCUGGUCCUUUAGCUGA